GCGCGAGCUGUUGUAACGUCAAACAUCGUCCCCCUGAUCGUGCCAUGCGCACUGACGGUUGUUGUUGUUGAGCUGGUUGUUAUGGCUGGACAAGGCCUCGGACUAAACUGAGAGAGGUCCCCCCCCCUCCCCGCACCACCCCGUCUCCGCUACGGGACACCCGCCACCCAUGGAGGGCACGGACAUGGACGUAGAUGCGGAGCUCAUGCAGAAGUUCAGCUGCAUGGGCACCACGGACAAGGACGUCCUCAUUUCGGAGUUUCAGAGGCUGCUGGGCUUUCAGCUCAACCCGGCAGGCUGCGCUUUCUUCCUGGACAUGACCAACUGGAACCUGCAGGCUGCUAUCGGUGCAUAUUAUGACUUUGAAAGUCCUAACGUCAACACGCCAUCCAUGUCCUUUGUUGAAGACGUGACAAUUGGGGAAGGAGAGUCUGUUCCUCCAGAUACACCGUUCACAAAGACUUGGAGAAUACAAAACCCAGGUGCAGAGUCGUGGCCACCUGGGGUUUGUCUCAAAUACAUUGGUGGGGAUCAGUUUGGGCAUGUAAACACAGUUAUGGUAAAGUCGCUAGACCCCCAGGAAAUAUCAGAUGUAAGCGUGCAGAUGCGAAGUCCCACAGCUCCAGGCAUGUACCAGGGCCAGUGGAGGAUGUGUACAGCCACCGGAUUAUUCUAUGGAGAUGUAAUCUGGGUGAUUCUUAGUGUUGAAGUUGGAGGUCUCCUCGGCGUGACCCAGCAGCUGUCCUCCUUCGAGACAGAAUUCAAUACCCAACCCCAGCGCAAUGUGCAGGGAGACUUCAACCCCUUCGCCUCGCCACAGAAGAACAAGCACGACGCCACUGACAACAGCUUCAGAGAUCCUGGCGGAACGUGGGAACGCUCACAAGAGCCAAUCCAGCAAGAUCAAAAUGGACUGUCUCAUAAUGCUGUAAAUAGGGCGUCAAAUGGUCUCCAAACCAAUCUUUCUGUGGUGACUUAUGGUCAGGGCAUUCACGGACCCUAUCCAUUUGGACAGAGCUAGAAUGACAAAGACCCCCCACCCCCCCCCCCCCCCCCCCCCCACCAUGGUGGAUGAUGAGCUGAACACCCUGGGAGUCUUUAAAUGCAGAGGAACCGGAGGGGGGGAGGAACAGUUGUUUUAUAUUGACUCAUGACAACUUUCUCCCCAGGCCCCCGUGGCCCUUUCAACAGAAACACAAACUACAGUGAGGUGAUGGACUACAUCCGCUAAAGUGAAACACCCCCCCCCCCCCUGACAUCAACACCCGGAUUCGCAUGUGUGAAUGCUUCAUUUAAGAGUGCUAUAAAACCUUAAAAAUAGAUACACACGACUAUUUUUAUUUCCACUGUAAAACAUGCCGAACUAAAGGGAAAACCUACCCUAAACAAUCUACAUACGAUUUGGUAUUCCCAUGGACAGUUGAACACUUUGACUCUUCGGGGUUCCUACACAGGUCUGAAUACGGCGGAGAAUACUGCAAAAUGAAUUGUGAUGCUUGAUCAUUUUGAGGCCUUUCAAAGUGACUGUGUGGGAUGUACAAUCUGAGGUAGGACAAAGUGUAUGAAUUAUUCACAGUUUUCCUCUAGAUGAAAGCGUUGCACCAGUUUCACACACAAACCUAUGAGUGAUGUUAAACAACAAGUGUGACCAGUUGUACGAGACUUUGGUCACCGGAGCGUUGCCAUUCACGGAAGUCCAUUACUAAACCACAGGAUUAAUAAAUCUGUCCGUGGUCACGUUAUACGGGACGAGAGUCCCACGUUUACAUCUUGUGAGCGUUCACAUGAUCGGACGACUUCCAAUGGUUGUUUGAUAACAGAUUUGGCUGUGCGAGGCUGAAGUACGUGUCGCUGUAUUCAGUACAUUUGGGUUUUAUUACCUUGAACGUCUGACUGACGUGAGGCGUAUUUGUUUAUGAAGCGCUAAAUUGGAAAUGUGAGAGCUUUCAGAGAAGUUUCCAUUUACAAUUACAACUUGGAUGUUGAUUUGAACGCUAGUUACAAAUUGGGAACUGGGAAUUACAGUAACUGUAUUAACGCUGGAGUUCCGCUUUUACAUUGUCACAUUUAGCAUUACCUUCACCCAUCUGAUAUUAUGAUUAUAAUAGAGAAUACUUGGAUUUAUGGAGGACUAGAGGUGACCACCAACAUUUGUUUUUGUAUUACAGAUUUUACUCAAGAUACUGUUGUAAACAGCGUUCACCUUUCGAGACUAAAACUGAGCCGUUUAUUUAAUACUUAAACACACAAAACAAUGAAUUUGACUGCCUGUGUAGGAACCCUGUCUCUCCCAAAGAUAAAAUCCUGAGAACCACGACACUAAUCUGUCCUGUCGAUUCAGACUGCAUGGGACGUGUGUGUGUGUGUGUGUGUGUGUGUAUUCUUUUUUAGGGUGGGUUUUUGCUUUAAAUAGAUGCUGAAGUGUAAAAGGAUGUGAGUGAGUUUGAGCAAGUGGGGUGUGAGGAAGGGUUUAAAAAAGCCAUCUAAAUCUAUUUUGCCUGGUGAGUGACUGUAGUUUGAGUCCAUGUCUUCAGUUAGUGUACUAGAUAUGUAUGUGUGUGUGUGUGUGCGCACCUGUUAAGCGUGCAUGUACGUUAUGAUUUCUCUUUGGAUUUAACUGACAUAAAAAUGGUGUAUACUACUUGGGCAAAGGAUGACAUCUAUUCAUAUACAAAUCAAUAUGGAGAGCUUUACUCGGUGUGUACCUCUGAAGUGUUGUUUUUGCACCGUUUGGAUGAACUGACUCACUAAUUGCCCUGUUAUUAUUAUUUAUUUGCCUUCUUAUUGUGCACUGCAGAUUCAAUAAGUCCCAUUUACAGCCAGCAGAUGGUGCUAAACAUCAGUUGACCAACCUCAAGUUGACAUCAUGCUGAGUACAUUGUUAAGAAAAGUGAUAAGUUGUAGUUUUGAAUUAGAAUAUGAAAAUUAAAUGGUUUGCAUCAGCUUUAUUAGCACUGAUGUUCUGUUACUGCUAUUUGCACAACACUGUCCACCACGUCUGAGGAGGAAAAGUGAUUUUUCUUAUGUUUUUAUGUUUGUUUCUUUGCUUAAUGUGGAUUGUGAUACCAGCAUCUUCCAGAAAGUUUUAUUGUUUUGCUUAUCUGCUCUCUCGUAAAGGCCCAUGUUCUUCACAGCUUUACGUUUUAAACAGUUUAUCAAAACACUGAUGUCUGAUCUUAAAAAUGAAGAUUGUUUCAUGUUUAAAUUGAUCACACAUUUAGGUUUUGAAUACCUGGAAAUGAGUUAACAGCCUGUCUGCGAUCACCACCUGAUUUUCUUUACUUUAUAGCGUUGCUCUAUUCUUUAUGUGACAGUGCAUUUAUUUCAUGUAUUUUGGGUUUAAAAAAUAAAAUGAAAAAGUUGUUGAUGGAAUUCCAUGAUAGUGUAACAAUUUGUUUUUCUAAGAGGACAUUUUAAUUUAUCAAACCUUUCUCCCAGUUGUAAUUCUGAACAUCUAAAUGUUUUUCAUGAUCUUUAGAGUUCUUGCUUUUAUGAUCAUGUCUACCACGUUUGUAAAAUUCACCAGCAUUCUGUGUUGAGACGCUGCUGUAUUUGUUUUUGAGAGUCCUCCUCCCAAACAGUAUACACUGUUCUGCGUUACCUCUUUCAGUCACGUCAGUCUUUAUUUUUGUGUGUGUGUGCUUCCUUCUCGUGAGCUUGCUUGUGAGUGUUUUGGCGUGCGUGUGUGUGUGUGUCUGAGAAAGAGACAGAUGAUGAGAAUUCUGAAUAUUGCUGGAUUCAUUCUUUAAUUUUAGUUUGUGACUAUGUACGGAUUUGAAAUGGGUGGCAUGGUGAGUGGAUGAGAUGAAAGUUUACAUAGUCCUAAAAUAGCACAUUUAUCUGAAGAGAAACUGUCAAAAAUAAAGCUUUUUUUUUCUUUUUCUCCUGUAUCUAUAAUUAAGCAUUUGUAUGAUUAAAUUAACACUGAAACAAUG